GGCUGCUGCUGUAACACUGCAGGAAACACAGCGCUAUACGGCCCUUCGCACUUCCUUUCAUACCGGCGCUGUGUUGGGGCAGAGCAGCGUCAGAGGAACUGCUGGAUUAAAAGACUCCAUAUACUGACACAGAGUUCACGGCCAUGGCGAAGUUCCACGCCCCUGUGAUCCAGGACAACCCAUCCGGCUGGGGUCCUUGUGCGGUCCCUGAGAAAUUUAAAGACAUGCCCUACCAGCCGUUCAGCAAAGGAGAUCGUCUGGGAAAGGUUGCAGACUGGACCGGAGCUACUUACCAAGACAAGAGAUACACAAAUAAAUAUUCCUCUCAGUUUGGAGGCGGCAGUCAGUACGCCUACUUUCACGAGGAGGAUGAGACGAGCUUCCAGCUGGUGGACACUGCCAAGACCCAGAAGACGGCUUACCAGAGGAACCGCAUGAGGUUUGCUCAGAGGAACCUGCGCAGGGACAAAGACCGCAGGAACAUGACGCAGUUCAACAUGCAGACGCUCCCGAAGAGCGCUAAGCAGAAAGAGAGAGAGCGAAUGCGGCUGCAGAAGAAGUUCCAAAAGCAGUUUGGUGUCCGUCAGAAAUGGGACCAAAAAUCCCAGGCGCAGCUGAAGCCCAGAGACUCCUCUGUGGAGGUUAGGAGUGACUGGGAGGUGAAGGAGGAGAUGGACUUCCCCAGACUGAUGAAGAUGAGAUACAUGGAGGUGUCUGACCCCCUUGACAUUGAGUGCUGUGGUGCUUUGGAGUACUACGAUAAGGCCUUUGAUCGAAUCACCACCCGCAACGAGAAGCAGCUGAAGAGCAUCAAAAGGAUCUUCCACACUGUUACUACCACAGACGACCCCGUCAUCCGCAAGCUGGCUAAGACUCAGGGUAACGUGUUUGCCACUGAUGCCAUCUUGGCCACCUUGAUGUGCUGCACGCGCUCAGUCAACUCCUGGGACAUCAUCGUGCAGAGAGUGGGCAACAAGCUGUUCUUCGACAAGAGAGAUAACUCAGACUUUGAUCUGCUAACUGUGAGCGAGACUGCCAACGAGCCUCCCCAGGAUGAGGGCAACUCCUUCAACUCUCCUCGCAACCUGGCCAUGGAGGCCACGUACAUUAACCACAACUUCAGCCAGCAGUGUUUACGCAUGGGUGGAGACCGUUACAAGUUUCCUAACUCCAACCCAUUUGUGGAGGAGGAUAUGGACAAGAGUGAGGUGGCAUCUGUGGCUUACCGGUACCGUCACUGGAAGCUCGGAGAAGACAUCGAUCUGAUCGUCCGCUGUGAGCACGAUGGCGUGAUGACUGGAGCCAGUGGAGAAGUGUCCUUCAUUAACGUCAAGACUCUGAAUGAGUGGGACUCCAGGUAUUGCAAUGGUGUGGACUGGCGUCAGAAGCUGGACUCUCAGAGAGGAGCCGUCUUGGCCACCGAGCUGAAGAAUAACAGCUACAAACUGGCGCGCUGGACCUGCUGCGCCAUGCUGGCUGGAUCAGAGUACCUGAAACUGGGGUACGUUUCUCGGUACCACGUGAAAGACUCUGCUCGCCACGUCAUCCUGGGCACCCAGCAGUUCAAACCCAAUGAAUUCGCCAGCCAGAUCAACCUGAGCAUGGAGAACGCCUGGGGAAUCCUGCGCUGCGUCAUCGACAUCUGCCUCAAGCUGGACGAGGGCAAGUACCUGAUCCUGAAGGACCCGAACAAGCAAGUGAUCCGUGUGUACAGCCUGCCUGAUGGGACCUUCAGCUCUGAUGAAGAUGAGGAAGAAGAGGAGGAUGAAGAAGACGAGGAGGAAGAAGAUGAUGAUAAUUGAAGUGUGGAGUCAGCUUCAGUGACCAAAACAGCCUUGAUCCUUCACUGAGAAACAAGUGAAUUCCUUUUGACAUUCAAUAAAGGCAAUAGCAGAUUAUACAACUA